GUCCAGACUAGAGCUUUAAAUCGAUUUUAAGAGCUCUAAAUCGAUUUAAAGCUGUAACCGUCCACACUUCAGAGUGCAUAAAAUCGAUUUUAAGGGUCCCUAAAAUCGAUUUUGGAACUCCAUCUAAACAAGAGGAGUAACCCCAAAAUCGAUUUUUUAAAAUCGAUUUUAUGAUAGUGUGGACGGACAUCGAAGUUAAUGGCCUCCGGGACGUAUCCCACAGUGCUCUAGUGGCCGCUCUACACAGGAAAAGGUACUCUUCUGCUGGCCAGGUAAACAGGAAAAGCCCCGGGAAGUUUGAAAUUCCAUUUCCUGCUUGCACAGCGUGGAGCUCUCAGCAGCAGAGAGUAGAAUGCAGUCUCCUGAAAAUAGGAAAAGAGCUCCAGCAUGGAGCACACAGGAGUUACUCGAUCUGAUAGCUGUAUGGGGAGAAGAGUCAGUGCUUUCAGAACUGCGCUCAAGCAGACGAAAUGAGAAAACCUUUGAAAAAAUUUCUAAUGCCAUGCGGGAGAGGGGACAUACCAGGGACUCGUUACAGUGCCGAGUGAAAGUGAAAGAGCUCAGACAGGCGUAUCAGAAGACCAAAGCAGCAAAGGGCAGGUCAGGCUCUGCCCCCAAAACAUGCCGGUUCUACGACGAGCUUAACGCAAUAUUGGGGAACAGCGCAACGACGAACCCCCCCUUGUCUGUUGAUUCAGAGGUGGGCGUCGUGAUUCCUGCCACUACGGAAGAUUUAUUUGAUGGCGAUGAUCAGUAUGAUGAGGACCAAGAGGAGGAGGCUCCAGCAGAGAGCACAGAGCAUUUUAUCCCCCCAAACAGCCAGGAUCUUUUCCUCACCCUUACUGAGGUUCCCUGCCAGCCAUCUCAAGGCAGUACUCCAGAAAAUGAAGCUGAGGGACCGUCCUCUGCUGCACAUUUCUCCAGCCUCCCUCUCGCUUCUCCUCUACGUGGGGGGGGUAUCAUAAGAAGACUGAGGAAAAGGAGGACGCGUGAGGACAUGUUCACCGAAAUUAUGGCAGUAACCCGUACAGAGAGAGCUCAGCAGGGGGACUGGAAACAAUUGGUCGCAAAGUACAGGGAGGCUGCCAGUCAACGCGAAGACAGGAGGGACGCCAAAAAUGAUGUCAGGUGGCAGGAAGAUCAGCGCUGGCGAGCAGCAACUCUGGAUCUUCUUCGUGAUCAGACUGACAUCCUCCGCGAUAUGCUGCAAGAGCUCCGUGGUUUCAGAAUGCCCCUACAGCCCGUGUAUAACCUCCCUCAGUACUCACCCUGUCCCACACCUUCCAGAACCAGGCGUGUAAGAACGCGUGGGGGAAGGCUCUCUGCACCAGCCCCCUCUACCGCUGCGGACACUCCAACCAGAAGGCUUUCAUUAAAUUGAAAAGCCCUUUGUGUCCUGUUUUUUCCCUCCUCUAAUGAUCCAAACUUCUCCCAUGGCACCUUUGCCUAUUUUUACUCUCAGGUCAUGCUAUUAAGGCAGUGUGACUGUAGUUUGGUAAUGAAGUAAAGCAAGCAGCUUUGGAAAGCUGCACGGAAGCUAGUUAUCAGCAUCAGGAUUUGACAAUUGGGGAUAUGGGUAAUAAAGGGAAAACAAAGAAAGCAGCCAUACCGUAACCUGGUCCAUGAGAACUCUUGUUCUGUCUUCUCUGAUGCACUUUCUUCUUUCAAACCUCCCUCCCCCUUCCUCCAAACCUCCCUCGCUCCGUCCCCCAUAGAACGCUGAGUUAUGAAAUUUCAUGCACAGUAUUGUAACAACAAGCAUGAUGCUUGAUUGAUGAAAGGGUCUGAUUUUAAAUAAAGAA